AUGAUAUCAUCAUUAUUUACAAUUCGUCCAAAUUUCAUUUUUGAUAAAGCUAUAAAUUGGUUUCCAGGUCAUAUGGCCAAAGGAUUAAGAGUAAUUUCAGAAAGAUUAUCAAGUAUAGAUGUAAUUGUUGAAUUUGAAGAUAUAGCAAAGUUAAAAGAGCGAAUUAUAGUUUAUAAUAAAGCGGAUUUAGCUGAUGAAAAUGAUCAAACG